UGUGUAAGAAAAUGAAAGUAUGUUUUAUUAUUCUCCAGAUUUAAAAAUAAUAAUAAUUUUUAUAAUCGGAUCAGAAUUUUAAAAUGAGAAAAUAAUAUUUAUAGUUGCUGCCAUAUCAAACUGCGCCUAAUAUCACUCCUGUUUUUGUGGGUGCAAAUCCUCUGUUUCCCUUCUGCUCCUUCUUCCACCUUACUCCCCUCUCGUACAUACCUUUCUUUUUGUUUUGACUCUUCAUACCAAUUCUUUCUUUAUAUAAAUAUAUAUACCCACUCACAUCCUCCAUUAUUACAACUUGAUUCUCAAUUUCCUCCACCACCAAAGCCUAUUCCCUGAAUAACCCCUUUCGAUUUUCAGAGAGAGCCAGAAGAAGAAGAGAAAUCUUUUCGAUUGUUCUUAUGCUCGUCUGUGGGUUAGACCCAGAGGUUGCUCAUGUCAAACAUACCGCUAUCCCUCUCUGAGAUCUGUCUCACUCUGUUCCGUCUGGCGAUGUCCGUCGCUGACCCAUGGCCUUUCUCCUAAAUGUCCCCAAGCCCUUCUUCUGUCUCCCGCAGUCGCUUCAAUUUUUACCUCUAAAGCUUUCAGUUAAUUCAAUUCCCUUUUUGGGUUCUUUCCUAGUCUCUUUCUGUGUGUAAUCAAUCAGUCCGCAAUAUGAGAAAGCUCAGAGGCUUCAAGCUCCGAAAACGGGUCACCGCCCUCUGCCGGUGGGCUUUCCGGGCGAAAAAACACUCGGUUUCCAGCUACCAGCGGCUGAACCCACCCCCUACCGCUUACGGCUCGAAGUCCGCCGCCGCCAUCUCCAGGCUCUGGAACUGGGGCCACCGCCUCAAGGCCAGAGCCAAGUCCCUCUGUUCCGCGAAAUCUAGUCCCUGUAUGACUUCCGGUUCGGGUCGGGGCUAUGCGCAGAUGGGUCGGGAGAAGCCGGAGGAGGUGCCGAAGGGACACCUGGCGGUGUACGUCGGCCAGAAAGACGGCGACUUUCAGAGGGUGUUGGUGCCGGUGAUUUACUUCAACCACCCUCUGUUUGGGGAGCUGCUGAGGGAGGCGGAGCAGGAGUACGGCUUCCACCACCCCGGCGGCAUCACCAUCCCGUGCCGGAUCUCCGAGUUCGAGAGCGUUCAGACCAGGAUCGCCGCCGUCCACGGUUCCCGGAAGUCACCGGCGAAGCGUCCUUUUUGAAUUCUGCGAUGACAGACGAUGAUGACGAUAAUGAAUGAUCGGUCUUAAUUACAAUAUAUGAUGAUGACGAUGAUGCUGCUUGCUACGAAUAGGAACUUAAUUAGCAAGUGUUUUUGUUUUUCAAAAUCUUGAUAGAAUUUCUUCUUUUUUAUUUGAUUUUUGGAAUGAGAUCUGAUAAAGUUUUUAGUUGUGGUGUAAAUAUAUGAAAAUUUUUCUGUUCAAUCA